CCUAUCGCGAGGUUAUCACAUUAGCUUGGUUAGUUAGCUAGCCGCGAAAAGCUUGGCAGUGUAGCCGCAGUUUACACCUUUAUUGCUCCUAAAAAGCACCGAGGGCAAACUGUGAAUUUAUUUUCUCGUCAUCGUCUCCUCGCGGCCGUGAGAAAGGACAGUCGCCGGACGUUGUGUUUGCACGGAUCCCAAUGAUGAGUUAUGCUGAAAAGCCAGAGGACAUCACAAAAGAAGAGUGGAUGGACAAAUUAAACAAUGUUCACAUACAGAGGGCGGACAUGAACAGGCUCAUUAUGAAUUACCUGGUGACAGAGGGGUUCAAAGAGGCUGCGGAGAAGUUUCGGAUGGAGUCUGGGAUUGAGCCAAGUGUGGACCUGGACUCUUUGGAUGAGAGGAUAAAGAUUAGAGAGAUGAUCCUGAAGGGACAGAUACAAGAAGCUAUUGCACUCAUCAACAGCCUACACCCUGAGCUGCUCGACACCAAUCGAUACUUGUAUUUUCAUCUGCAGCAGCAACAUUUGAUUGAGUUAAUCAGGCUAAGGGAGACUGAGUCAGCGCUGGAGUUUGCCCAGACGCAGUUGGCCGAGCAGGGGGAGGAGAGUCGCGAGUGUCUGACAGAGAUGGAGAGAACACUAGCCCUCCUGGCCUUCGACAACCCAGAGGAGUCGCCCUUUGGAGACCUACUUAACAUGAUGCAGCGGCAAAAGGUGUGGAGCGAGGUGAACCAAGCUGUGCUGGACUAUGAAAACAGGGAAUCGACGCCCAAACUGGCAAAACUCCUGAAGUUACUGCUGUGGGCACAGAAUGAGCUCGACCAGAAGAAGGUGAAAUACCCCAAAAUGACUGACCUUAGCACGGGCACCAUCGAGGACCCCAAGUGAACAUAACAGACAAGAACAACCACCUUCCACGUCCCCUUAAUUUAUGAUCAGUCAGUGACUGUGUGACAACCAGGUAACAUAUAUGUAUAAACAAAUGCUACGUUGUUUUUUUUUUCAUGUUUCAUUCAUGAGAGAUUAAAACUUAACUCAUUGUGCAGACUGUAAAUUGCUGUAUUUGCAAAUUUGACAGGAAUUAUUUCAUUUAAAUACUGAUCCUGGAUUUUAAGGUUAAUCUAGGAGAUGACAAAAUUCCGAUUGCUGUUUUAUAUUUUGUCUUUCUAAAGUCAGUAGUAUUAAUUAUUGUGACCAUUUACCCCUCCGAGACUUUAUUUUGCAAGAGAGAGUGUUGACGGUAUAAAUAAAUAAUGUAAGUGUUGUGGCGUGCGUGGAGCCAAAGUCAAGGCUCUGCAGGAUGGCGGGGAGGACACCUGGAACGGUCUUUGAAACAGCAGACACACGAUUAAUGACACACCGCAUGAGUCUAUAUUGUUUCAAAUCAGAAAUAAGUUUAAGAUUUAAAUUUCAUACACAAAAUGUGAGUAUUUUUCAAUUAAAUGGAAAGAUACGCUUUAUUAAUGUAAUAUAGUUUGAAUUAAUAUAAUAUUUUAUGAUUUGUUGUAUCUUUAUGAUGUGUCUAUGGGAUGAACUGCCUUGCAAAAUUUAUCAUUUCACGUGUGUGUGAGAGGGUGAAAUACGUCCUGACUGACGGGUUAAAAUCAGAGAUGGCUUCUGGCUUACUGAGUUUUAGCCCUCUUCGGUCUUUCCUGAGCCGGCAGUAUGCACAUCCCCCCCGACAUGCUCCAACAGUGUUUGGUUUUAUGCUACAAAGAGGGGCUGAGAUGAUGAUGAGGAUGAUGUUCUGCCAUUCCCACUGAUGGAGGGAGGGUUUAUACGCUGCUUGAGAGAAAGGGCUGUUUGAUUGAGAAUUGCUAAAGAGUGACGGUGCCAACUACGGCAACUCUGAAGUUCAAAAACUCACAUUUUGAAAUCUAUUCAGACCGGAACUGAUUAUUUUGUUUAUGGCUUUGUUUUGGUACUUAAUGAUAAAUAAUCAAAAGCAUUGUUGAAUUUGAAAGUCACAGAACUUGCUGUCCAUUUUACCACUUUUAAAGCCGUUAGUAUUUUCACUUUAACUGCAUGUAAGUGUAUCUUUUAUUUUUUCUUUUCUCAAUGGGGAAAGGCUCUUGUGCUUGUUUAUUUUGUUUGGUUUGUUUACUUUUAUAUAUAUAAAAAAAACAAACUUGCUGCUAGUUGUCCAUCCUUAAUUUCUUUUAAGGUUGUAUUGUCUUUAUAGAUAUUGGCUUUGACAAAUACUGAGACCCAG